AUGUACGCGCCCGUGGACGUGGAGGCGGCCAAGCUGCAGACGUUAGCGCAGCCCUCGCCCGGCGCGCGCGCUCGCUCUCCUCGCGUGCGCGUUCGCCGCGUGCUGGCGGCCGUGGGGGUCGCGGCGCUUGGCCUGACGGCGGGAAUGCUGCUCUUCCGCUUCGUGCGCAGCGACGACUUCGACCUGGUGGUGCGCUGGCUGCAGACGCACGAGGCGCUGGGCGCCGCGCUGUACGUGGGCAGCUUCACGGGCUUCGUGGUGCUGUGCUUCCCGUCCACGGCCUUCGAGCUGUUGGCCGGCUACAUCUUCGGCUUCUGGCUGGGGCUGUUGCUGGCCACGGCGGGCAAGCUCGUGGGCUCCGUGCUGUCGUACGCCAUCGGCCGCUACCUGUGCCGCCGGCGCGUGCACGCCUACAUGGCGCGCGGCCACCCGGCGCUGCAGGGCUUCCAGAGCCUGCUGCGCAAGCGCCAGGUGCUGGUCGUGUUCCUCACGCGCGUGGCCUUCUUCCCCAUCGCCGUCAAGAACUACGGGCUCAGCGUGCUGGACGUGCAGUUCCCCGUCUUCUUCGCGGCCGCGCUGCUCACGGGGCUGCCCUUCUCGGUCAUCUGGGUCUACUCGGGCCACGCGGUGGAGAACUUCACGGCGCUGCUGGCCAGCCCCACGGCCUCGAGGCAUAGCACCGAGAUGGUGCUGCUGCUCGUGGGCGCGGGCAGCGCGCUGCUGCUGCUGGCGGUGGUGGGGAUCUACACGCGCAAGUACGUGCUCGGGCUCGCGGAGGAGGAGAAGCGCGAGGGCGCCAUGGCAGCGGACACGGCCCCCACCCCGACGGCAGCAUCAAAGCCCGUCUCAGUCGAAGCCACGGCCUUCGCCAACGCUGUAUGAUACGGAGGUAGUGGGAUUCUUCCUGCUUACUUAUACCCUGUAGUGAUUGUUAUGUAGAAUGUGGAAUAGUACCCUUUGCUGG